AUGCCGGCAUCCGCUCCCGCCGACAACCACAACAACAAUAAUAAGGACGCUACCGUCACGCCGCCGCCGGGUCUCCCCAAGACUGUGUACUUGAUUCGUCACGCCGAAUCCGAAGAAAACCGCCGCAUCGGCUCGGUCAAGAACGUCUUCACGUCGCUCCGUUCCUUCUCCUUUCCCUCGCGACUCGACGUCGGCGCCUCGUUGGAACUCGUCAACGUUGCGGCACAGAUCGAUUCUCCCGUAUCGUACCUGGGCAAAGCGCAGAUUGCCACCAUGGCACAACAGCUGAAACAAGCCGACUUUGUCAAACUCUCCGACAUACAACUCGUCCUACAUUCACCACUCGAACGGGCCCGACAAACAUGUCUGGGAUUGCUCGGUUGCGUAGCGCCGUUGAAGGCAACCACCGACCAGCACCACGACGAGGCCAUCCCGGACUUGCCUCGCGUCGCCCAGGUCGACCUGCUUGCGGAGAAAACGCCGUCCGAGUGGGUCCCGGGCAACGCGGGUGCCCUCACCGCACGCGUACAAGCCUUUCAGGAUUACCUACGCGCGCAACCAGAAACUUCCGUCGCCGUCGUCGGACACUCGCAGUACUUUAAGCACAUGCUAGGACUCGACUUUAAAUUCGCCAAUUGCGACGUCUGGAAGGUGGAAUUCGCCGCGGAUGACCGAGGCCCGCCCGCGACGGUCCUUGUGGACGGCACGACCUACACGCUACCCCCGCCGUGGUCCAAUCUACAACGACUCUACGUAUCCGAUCCAAUCCCUCCCCCCGCUAAGGAACACGCCAUGGGAUGA